CAAAAAAAUAAUUAAUCACAUACAUAUGGCUCAAAAAUCACGGAAGCUCAUUUUAGGAUCCACCAUUUUCCCAGUACCCUGCCCUCUUCCCCUACCUCUCCUUGAUCCUCUACCCCUUCCUCUUGAACCUCUGAAAAAGGACUUUCCGUACUUCAUCUCCACUAGUGAAUGGAGCAACUCAUCACAAAGAAUGCAACCAGUAUAUAGGGUCGCUCCAUCUUCCAAGGGUGUUGUCUUUUUAUUAAAGUCCACUUGUAUGAUUGUCGAGUCACACUCAGGACACCGCUCUGGAGUAGUGGAGAUUUGAUGAGCCCCUUGGGGGAGGAGCACAAGGAAAUUGCACAUGUUGCAACAUAGUCGCCACUUGGGAGCACUUACGGGGUCUAGAACAAGAGUUCCACUACAUUCAGGGCAAGCACAGACUCCUUGGGAUAUCAAUGAAUGUCGACAUGUGGGAUGUGGGCAAAGGAAGCAUGGCAUGCCAGCCCCCUUUCCCAGCUUGCCAGAUGAACCAGAUUUUGCAGCUCCAAAGAGAGUGUCAAUACCUUCAAAUGGAGGACUAUUGUAGCAGUAAGGGCAAAGAGAAAAUGACUUGCCAUCUGGGCCAGGAGUUCCUUGUAGAGCUGCAAAAAGCAAUUGCUUUGGUUAUUCACAGGAAGUUCCUUAAUAAGAAUUCAGAACAAGAUAGGAUAGGAUUGUAAGCACUUUUCAAUUCGAGGCCUCUUACACACUUAUGUUUGUUGAAUCCUAUCAUUAACCAAAUGCAUUGCUUUUCAUUUUCAUUUUCUUUUAUGUAGAUUGAUUGAAUGACAUAAACAGCAAGUAAUUGAGUUCAGUUUCAGGUAUGUUCAACUCCAAUUUCACUCUUUCAUUCCUCAAUUCUGCUUUUGGCUUUCUCAAGUUUGGCCGUCCAUGGGGUUUUUGUUUUCACACAGGGCUCGGUUAUGAGGAAAAAUCAAAUAAAACUGAACCCUCUUUGAUGAACUCAUAGUUUGUUCAUAGUUUGAAUCUGUGAAGUAAAACGAAAAAGAAAUUAUAAUUGAUGUAAGAGAUACCAUUGAACUUGAUGAAACUGAAGACAAGAUCUUUGAGAGGCAGCUUGGAACGCUUGACCAUUAUGGACUUAAGACUGAGCUUCGUGUCGCAGGUGGAUGGGUCCGUGAUAAGCUUCUGGGAAAAGAAUGCAAGGACAUUGACAUUGCUUUGGAAGAUAUGAUGGGCAGCAAAUUUGUUGAGAAGGUGAGAGACUACUUGUUGUCUGUGGGGGAAGAGGUUCAAGGAAUCGCUAUCAUUCCAAGUAAUCCCGAUCAAUCAAAACAUUUGGAAACGGCGAGGAUGCGCAUCUUAAAUGUAUGGGUUGAUUUUGUGAACUUACGUUGUGAAGAGUACAGUGAUGAUAGCCGCAUUCCCACUAUGCAAAAGUAUGGCACACCAGAACAGGAUGCACUGAGAAGGGAUCUAACUAUUAACAGCUUAUUUUACAAUAUCAAUACCAAAUCCAUUGAAGAUUGGACUAAUAGAGGAGUUGAAGAUCUAAAAUGUGGGAAAAUUGCUAGUCCUUUACCACCAAAGGAUACAUUUAUGGAGGAUCCGCUACGAGUUCUUCGAGCUAUCCGUUUUGGUGCAAGGUUCGGAUUCAUACUCGAUGAACAACUAAAGGAAGCUGCUGCCUGUGAUGAAGUGAAAGCUGCUCUAUCAGCUAAAAUUAGCAGAGAGCAAAUUGGAGCUGAAAUUGAUCUGAUGAUGUCCGGAAACCAACCUGCCCAAGCUAUGACCUAUAUAUGUGACUUGAAGUUAUUUUGGGUUGUCUUCAGUCUUCAUCCACAGUGUGAGCCAUCAGAAGGAUGCGACAGCGAUUGUGUUGCGUACUUGGAUUGUACUUGGAAUCUUAUUCAAUUAGUGGGGCACUCUACCUUCAAUGAAGAACAAAGAAGGCUCUCCUUUUAUGCUGCAAUGUUCCUUCCACAUAGGAAGACCGUGUAUAAAGAUAGGAAAGCAAAAGAUGUUCCUGUCGUGAAUUAUAUUUUCAGAGACUCCCUUAAACAAAGAGUCAGCGAUGCUGAAACUGUUAUUAAUUUACACAAUGCAUUGGAGAAGUUUUUGUCUUUGCUUCCUCACUUUGUACCAAAUGGGGAUGUAAAACUCGCCGAAGUUGAUUUGGGAAGAGAAUAUGUUGAUGUGCCUCUUACAUCGAAAGAAUCAAAACUCCGAGUGUUAACAGGGUUUCUUUUACAAGAAAUUAAAGAUUUUUGGCGAGUUGCUUUGCUGAUGUCUACACUUUUAUAUCCCACCAACGUCUUAGACAAGAAUCUCAAACCAGAAGAUCGCAGAGCAUUGUUUGUAGAAGCUGAAAAGGCCAUAAAUAAUCUAGGUCUAGAUAAAGUGUGGGAUGUAAAGCCAUUACUUAAUGGAAAGGAGAUCAUGGAUGCUUUGCAGCUUAAAUCUGGAGGACCGCUUGUCAGUAAAUGGCUUUCAAUGGUGAUCAUUCAAGAAGCCUCUUCUUCUUCUUCUUCUUCCACCCAUCCAUGGAAAUACCAUGUCUUUUUGAGUUUUAGAGGUGAGGAUACCCGCAAUAAUUUCACAGGCCAUUUGUGCAGCGCUUUGCGUCAGAAGGGAAUCAACACCUUCAUGGAUGAUCAGCUCAGAAGAGGAGAAGAAAUAUCAACAGCACUUCUCCAAGCAAUUGAACAGUCGAGGAUUUCAAUCAUUGUGUUCUCUAAAAACUAUGCAUCGUCCAGGUGGUGCUUGGAUGAACUUGUCAAGAUCCUCGACUGCAGGAGAACAAAUCAACAAGAGGUUCGACCAGUUUUCUACAAAGUCGAUCCCUCGGAUAUACGAAAUCACAGAGGUAGCUUUGGGGAGGCACUUGCUAAUCAUGAAUGCAAAUUCAAAGAUAACCCGGACAAGGUCCGGAAAUGGAAGAGUGCUCUCUCUGAAGCAGCAAAUUUGUCAGGGUGGCCUCUCUUGGAUGAGCAUUGCUCUGAAUCCAAUGUUAUUAAUCAAAUCGUUGAAGAAAUCUCAGUGAAAGUGAUAGAACGUACAUAUUUGGAGGUAACCAAGUACCCAGUUGGAAUAGAGUCUCGUGUGCAAAAUGUUCAUAGGCUUUUAGGUGUUGAGGGAAAAGAUGUUCAUAUGGUAGGGAUAUGGGGAACUGGUGGAAUUGGUAAGACAACAAUUGCAAAAGCUGUCUAUAACUCGAUUGCUCAUGAGUUUGAUGGGAGUUGUUUUUUGGAAAAUGUUAGAGAAAAUUCAAUGCAUGACAGAGGCUUCAUCAAAUUACAAAAAACACUUCUUUUUGAGAUUCUAGGGGGAACAAAAUUGAAGGUGGCCAAUGUAGCUAGAGGAAUCAAUAUGAUCAAGGAUAGGUUGCAGUACAAAAGGGUUCUUUUGGUUCUUGAUGAUGUGAAUGACAUGGAUCAGUUAAACAAGUUAGCCGGUGACCCUAGUUGGUUUGGUAUGGGUAGUAAAAUCAUCAUAACGACAAGGGAUAAGGAAUUGCUGACAGGUCAUAAUGUUAAUUUAAUAUACGAGGUCAAAGAAUUGGCUCAUCAUGAAGCUCUCGAGCUUUUUAGUCGAAAUGCCUUCAAAGGAAACAGACCUUUGGAUGGUUUUGAGGAACUUACAGAACGUGCUAUACGCUAUGCUCAAGGCCUUCCAUUAGCUUUGAGUGUUCUAGGAUCUUCUCUAUGUGGUGGAAGUGUAGAAAAAUGGAAAGCUGCAUUAGAGGGUUUCAAAAGCCCAACAAUUAGAAAAGUUCUCCAAAUAAGUUACGAAGGACUGGAUGACACUGUGAAAGAAAUUUUUCUCGACAUUGCAUGUUUCUUCAAAGGUGAAUAUACAGACCACGUGAUACAGGCACUAGAAGCUUCUCGCCGCAAACCUGCUAAGUAUGGUAUCAACGUGCUCAUAGACAAGGCCCUCAUCAAUACAUCUACGGGUCACAUUUGGAUGCAUGACUUGCUAGAAGAACUGGGUAGAGAUAUAGUUCACAAAGAGUCGCCCAAUGACCCUGGAAAGCGUAGCAGGUUGUGGUUUCAUGAAGAUGUUUACCGUGUUCUAACAGAGAAUACUGGAACAACCAAUGUUAUAGGCAUCAAGGUGAAGCUGCCCAAAGAUUCAGAUGUGAUAUGUUUAAGUGGGACCACUUUCUCCAACAUGCGAAAUCUUAGACUUUUCAUACACUGUGCUGGACGCUGUUCUGGCGCUGUUGAUAGUCUGCCAAAUAGCUUGAGGGUAGUUGAUUGGCCUGAAUAUCCCUUACAAUUUUUGCCAUCCAAUUUAAUUCAAAGAGAACUUGCUGUAAUCAAUAUGCCUAGGAGUCGCAUCACAGUAUUGGGAGAUGGAUACAAGCAUCUGGUAAAUCUGACAUCAAUAAAUCUAAGUUGUUGUCAGUACCUAACGAAAGUGUCAGACUUAUCGGGAAGCCCAAACUUACGACGUUUGAAUCUAGAUUACUGUAAAAGUUUAGUUGAAGUGCAUUCUUCCGUUGGAUUCCUCGAUAAACUUGAGUAUUUGAGUCUUUCGGACUGCUCUAGGCUUGAGACUUUUCUCACAGAAGUUAAUUGGAAAUCCAUGAGGACACUUAUGCUUCCCUCUUGUCGAAGGCUUGAAAAUUUCAUAAAAAUUGGGCACAGCAUGGAGUCCAUUAAAACAUUGGAUCUAAUGGAAAGUGGCAUAAAAGAAUUGCAGUCAUGGAUUGGAUGUUGCAUUUCCUUGGAAGUUUUGAACUUGCAUGGAACUUCAAUCAAACAACUGCCUUCUUCAGAGAUUGAAAAUCUUACUUCUUUAAGAGAAUUGGACCUGUGGGGAACUCCCCUUGAGGAAUUGCCUUCAUCGAUUGGGUAUUGCACUUCCUUGGAGAUAUUGAACGCGUAUGGAACUGACAUUGAAGAAUUGCCUUCAUCGAUUGGGUAUUGCACUUCUUUAUGUGAAUUGAAUCUGUCUGGGACUCUCAUCGAAGAAUUGCCUUCUUCAAUUGGGAAUCUCACGUCCUUGGUGGAAUUGAACGUUUCUAAAACUCCCAUCAAAAACUGCCUUCUUCAAUUGGGAAUCUCACUUCCUUGAGGAUAUUGGACGCUUCUAAAACUCUGAUUGAAGAACUGCCUUCUUCAAUUGGGAAUCUCACUUCCUUGACGUUAUUGGACGCUUCUAAAACUCCCAUCAAAGAACUGCCUCUAUCAAUUGGGGAUCUCACGUCCUUGGUGAAAUUGAACGUUUCUAAAACUUCCAUCAGAGAACUGCCUUCUUCAAUUGGGAAUCUCACGUCCUUGGAGGUAUUGGACGCUUCUGAAACUCUGAUUGAAGAAUUGCCUCUGUCAAUUGGAAAUCUCAUUCGCCUUGGAGAAUUGAAACUAAAAGGAUGUGCAAACCUUACAAAUGUGCCGCACGGUGUUUACGGAGGGCUGCAAGAUCUAGACCUCUCUUGGUGCCCAAAACUGGUGACAUUUCCAAGCAGGGCAGGGGCGAGCGCUUUGGUUUCAUCAAGUGCAGAAUCUCUUCCUUUGAUGCUUCCAUCUAAUUCAAACAAUGGGCAUGAUCAUCCUGGUUCAUUAUUGUUUCCCCGGCUACGGCAUCUUGAAUUUGAAGGAUGCCAAUUAUCAGUGGUCUCUGAUUUCCUAACGAAUCUUGACUGUGAGUCCACAUUACGGAGCCUUAAUCUAUCAGGAAGCAGUUUUGAUAGUCUUCCGGCAUGCAUCAGCAAAUUUCGCGAAUUGCAGUCUCUUAAUUUGAGUGGUUGCAAGAGGCUUCGAGACAUUUCAGAACUUCCACCAAAUAUACGAGUUAUAAAGCUGGAUGAUUGCGUAUCGUUGGAAAGAUUUUCAAAAUUGUCAAAUAUACUGGAACAGAAAGACACUCCUGGACGUCUUCGCUGGAUGCACUUGUCUAAUUGCAAUAGACUGAUGGAUAAACUUGGCAUGGACGUGGUGUCGACGAUGGCAAAAGCAUUGCUUAAUCAGCUGGUGCAUGCCGGCUUACAUCAGCAUCUGAACUUCAGAUGCUGGAAUCUUUUUCUUCCAAGCCUCCAGGAAAUUGAAGUUCCAAAUUGGUUUGAUGGGGGUGAGGUGGACACACGUGUGCUUCCUGAUAUAUGUGAAAUUUUGAUAAAAAUCCCUAGGAAUCUGAAGGCUGAGAGAAUAGGAUUGGUUGUCUGUCUUGUUUUUGAACUUACCCAAGAUUUUUCCAGUGGCUUGUCUAAGAUGAGUCAAGCAAUCUCCCAAGAUAAUAGUUGUUCUGUGCGGGUUGUGAUUGAUAAAAAAGUGUGUCAUGGCUCUACUUGGCAAUUUUUUAAAUCAAAAGCGACAGAGUCAUCAGCUCAAGAUCAUGUAUUAGUGCAUCUGACAUGUAUUGCUUUCAAGGAGCUAGAGGUGGUGGAUCUUGUGGUUCGAGUGUCUUAUGCGCCUUUGCACCCUGCCAGAGGGUUGCUCCUAAAAAGUUUCGGGGUCCACCUGGCUAAUAUGAAAGAGGAUCAUGUAAGUGGUGAAGACCUGGCACGAGAAAGAUAUAGGCAGAGCAAUGCUAGCAUUUCUGAUCAGGUGGCUUUGCACACAGAAGGGGCAGCUGUAGCAUCUUUAGUAUCAUAUGACAGCAAUUACGGGGAAGUACACGAUGAUCAUCACAAUGGGGAACAAGAACGAGAACGAGAACAGGAACCUCAUCGUCCAACAAAAAGAUUAAAGACAUGGCAAGACAAAAAAAUAUAGGCAGACUGGCAGAGCAAUGUUAGCAUUUUUGAGGUGCUUUGGAAUUACCUGCUUGUGAUUUUGGUCACGCACAAGGUUCAGCUAGCUCUAGUAUCAUCAUCAUCAAGUACCGAUUGAGGCCUUGAAGUACACUAUGAUCGAUCAUUAAUACUUGGAUUUCAGAAGAAGAUUUUCUUUUGCCAAAGUUGAUCUCGAAAGAUGGCAAUUGAUGGUGAGAGGGGCAGAGGCACCAAUUAUUCUGGACUCAUGUAAUGGUCAAAUCUCGAUCAAUCCACACGAACAAGGCUGGGUUUGUUCUUCAAUUUCAAUUUGUGUUUGCUCAUUGGUUGUCUGGCGUUUUACUUAUUUUUAAUUUUUAUCUCUGGGCUUUUAAUUGGUAUUGUUUGCUGGCUUUUAGUGCACUCUGUUUGUUACAAGUAAGAGUGAUAUAAUGCUAUAUAUCUUCA